AAUCAUGUGGCGAGGUCCAAGCACUAAUCAUACACAGCAAGCAGGCUGAGUAGCGCCACUAAACCCGCCCUGUUUUUCCUCACCUUUACAUGGGUUUGGAAAGGGAAAUGGAAUCGUUCCUAUAUUGGAAUGUCUUCUUUUUUUUGACAUUCUCGGUAAAGGACAUGAUGCAUCGGAAGAGCCCAAAAACCGCAGCCCAGGCACGUCUAGUAGGCAGCGCUACUAAUAGCAGUUCUGUUGCAACGUCUUCCUCCACCCCUCCGCGGUAAACGAACGUAGUUGGCAUCGGGUGGAGUAAAACGCAAUGCGUCUUGUGCCUCACGCAUCACCGCCGUUUUGAUUGUUCUCUGCGCCCUGUCUGUCUUAUGCCGGGAGCCCGAUAAUUACCCGUGAGCAUUUCCAGCCACUUCCCCCCAUGUGCGCGAAACGACCUUUCUACUAGCUGCUAAUGCACGUUGCAAGCGGUGUGAUGCACCUUCCGCACGACGGUGCUUGUGUGGUGUGGCUUCUCCCAUCACGAUGCGUUCUAAUCACAAUAAAUCUUACCUCCAACGGGCCAAGUACGAUUAGUUGUAGUUUGGUAGCGUUUGAGAGUGUACCUUUUUGCGGAGUGGUUCCGACGACGACGGUUCUCUGUGUGUGUGUGCGUUUUCAUGUCCACCAUUGGCAAGCAAGUAAUCCCGACGACAACCAUGCGAAGGUGUCCUGCCGUAGUUGGAACACUCUGUCUGGUGGUUGGACUCUGUGGUUUGAGUUCUGUUACUGGCCAGUCGGCGAUCGUUGGACGGCUUACGGAUGAUGUGGAGUUUAUCGAUCCAACUGUUGGGCUGGGACCGGGCGGUACCGCCAGUGGCAUCCCGCUAGGACCUGGCGGUUUCCGUGGUUUCGAAAUCCUUCCCAGACCGGAACCUUCGUGGAAGGUGGGCGCAACACUGGUAGCGGACAAUCCGGAGCAGCAGAUCAUGGGAACGAUUUCCUUCCGCCAGUGGGCACCGGGUCACGUGCAGACGGCCAUCAAUGUUACGGGGUUGCCGGUGGGGAAGCACGCCGUCCAUGUGCACGCGUUCGGCGAUAUGCGCGAGGGAUGCAAAUCGACCGGACCGCACUUUCGCAGCAGCAUUAUCGGUAACAUCGAGGUAAAGGAGGACGGCAACGCGAUGAUCGACUUCCACAGCCCGUACAUCAAUCUGUUCGGGUUUGCGGGCAUCGUCGGGCGCUCGAUCGUGAUACACGAGAAACCGUCCGAGGUCUACCGGUUUCCGGACCUGUCCAUUAACAACCCGAUCUCCUUCCAGGGCGAGGAGGACACGGUCGGUGCGCGGAUUGCCUGCGGGCUCAUCACGAUUCUCGAUAAUGUUGCUCCCUAGGAGGAGUUCACCUAUCCACAAUAAAACCAACCGACAAUGAUGAUUGUGAUAACAUGUAAAA